AUGAAAAACUCUUACGAAUCCACCGACCCCAAAGAUAUUCGAAGCUUUGAGCAGAGCAUAUUCGGCUUCAAAUUCCUAGAGUCCCAGAUGGGCGAUCUUGUCGGCCUGGAGAUCUUCAACAUGAAGAGUCUACUCGUACAGAUACGCACCCAGCUCGAUUGGGUAGUCGCAACGCAGUCAGAUGCUCAAGUCAGAAGAGUGAACGCUGAGAUAGCCUUCGAACAAGUCAAAUACAUCAGCCAGGCCGUCCCAGAUGUUGCUUCGAGGUGUGAGGCCUUGGCGGAGCGAGCGCGUGCUGAGUGCGAUAUUUUGAAGAAGAGAGUGGACUCCAGUUUCGACAGAUUACGGGACGCGUUUGCGGAUCAGGUGUUGCGAGCGAUGGAGGUGAUCUGGCGUGUCAUGUCGACCAAAGCGGAAGACGCCACGAAACAGCUAGGCGAGGCAAAGAAAGAACUCCAAGGCGUGAGAUCAGCGUCUUCAGCUGCGAAUGAGAUAGGAAGAAACAGCAUACAUGAUCUGCAACUGAAGUUGGCAGUUAUUCAGCGCGAUUUUGCCAAGAAAAAGGUGGCCUUGGAGGAUGAGUAUGGUGAGCUGAAGAAGAAGCACUACACAGAUCUACAAAAGCUAGUGGAAGAGCGUAUGCGCAGUGAGAAGAUCAAGCUCUCUGAUCGUCUAAGCAAAGCAGAAGCCAAAGCUAUGCAAUACGCAAAGGUUCUCCAAGAGAAGGAGGCAUUGGAAGCAAGGGUCUUAGAAGAAGGCCGGGAGAAAGCGCUGUUCAAGCAAGCGAAGCUAGAGUGGGAGCAAAAGUACAAGGAACGAGAUGAUGAGGCAAAAGCUCUGCGACAAGGCUACGACCAGUUCAGCAACGAUAAUCAAGCUCUUCAAACAGAGAAGGCGGUACUCCAGGCGGAUUUCGAUGAGCUGAAGAAGGAGCACAAGCCACUACCUGGAGAACACACGCCCAGCUAUGAGCUUCGCCAUGUUGAUCAACAUACCAUGGCACUUCCGCACGUCUCAUCUACAACAGCGUUCGAUCGCCAAGCCGCAGAGCUUCAGCAUCUAGAUGGACUCGUAGCUAUCUGGCAGACCACGCUAGAGAACGCGACUGCGGAGAUGAAUGAAUCGACUGUCAGAAAGGAGGCGCUCGAGGCAAAGAUUCGAGAAGCCGAGGAGCAGCUGGAAAAGCUAAAGCCUGCUCCCUCGCAGAAGACUUCUCACAAAUCGAAGAUGAAGAGCAAACCCAAGGGCGCGAGCAAGAAGGAGCAAGCUAUUGUCAACGAGAAAGCAGAUGACGAAACCGUACUACAACCAUCUGUCAAUACGUCCGGAGGGCUUCUCAAAGUUCGUGUGGCAACGGAAGCUUUCCCUGCCCUGAGCUCUCCAGCAGUACCCAAAACUAUCCCGUCGACCACCUGGAAGAGCCUUCGUCUCGUCGACAUCCCGAAAGAAGAUACCAAAGACGCUCGGAAGAAGUCUGGCUAA